AUGAUGCCUGAGUAUCGCACAUUCAGUGUCUCAGAUAAAGCUCAGGCAAAGAAUUUGAACGACAUAGGCAUUAGGACCUAUCACAUCUUGGGAUAUUUGGCUGCUCAAAAUUAUGGAUAUAAAAACUUGUCAUUCAACCAAAAAGAUAUGUACAACCUCAUUACUCAGCAUAGGAAGAAAAAGGUGAAGGGUGGUGAUGCAAAUGCUGCAAUAAGUUACCUGAGAGGUAACGCUGGGAAUGAUUCUUAUUUCUUUGGCAAGUACACAUUAAGUAAUGAGAAUCGAUUGAAAAAUUUGUUUUGGGCUAAUGGGACUAGCCGUAUUGAUUAUGAGUGCUUUGGGGAAGUCUUGACAUUUGAUUCGGCUUAUAAUAGGAAUGUCUACAAUAAACCACUUGUGAUAUUUUCUAGUAGCAAUUAUCAUGGGCAGACCGUCAUAUUUGGAUGUGGUCUUCUUGUUAACGAGAAUAUUGGUUAA